GAUGUAUCGUGGGAGAGAGAAUUGGCAGAUCACGAUUGAUGGGAGUAUAGAUAGACGGUCCUACACUAAUAACUAACCUUACUUUUCAAAAUUUACCCCGCCCCCACCACCAAAAUCGCAAAAACGUCAAAAACAUCAAAUCAAAAAAAAAAGUUCUCACUAUUCCAUUCCCGCGUGCGUGCAUUCACGAGAUCUCCUCGCGUUUAUAACUUGCCGCUCCGUUUCUCGAUUGCGAUUGUGCGCAUUUCGUGGAAUUCUCCAGAGACUGGUCUUGCUUGGAGAAGAGAAAGCGUACAUUGGAACACCACCCGAUACAAUCAUGGCGCCCUCGCCCCUGCAACAGAGAAGAACGCAUAAUACGCUGCUUUUUCAGAAGCUGCUGAAUUUGAGAGAUGGCGCCAGUCCGCUUACUUUGGUGCUGGAUUCGUUGGAGCAGAGUGGGAGGUUGGUGGUGAGGGAGUUUUGGAGGAGAGCUUUGAUAUCGAAAUCAAAAGUCAUCUUCAUAUCAUUCUCCACUCUCCAGAAACGUCUACCCUUUACCCCAGAUGUUUUUGUCUCAGCUCAUAGUAAACCACUUUCUCAACUUCGUCGAGAAAUCGUAGCGCAUUUACCCUCGCCUACAACUCCCCCUUCGGCUUCUCAACAAAAAAUCCUCCUCAUAAUCGAUAAUCUCCACCCCCUCACAGCUCAUCCAGAGCACCUGUCCCCAUUUCUCUCCUCCUUAAUUAUCCACCCCACCAUCUCCCUCCUCUGCACUCACCACCUUGAUAUUCCUCUCCCCUUCUCAAAAACAAACCCCUACAUCCCCACUCCUCUCACAACUCUCCUCUUCCUCGCCACCGCCAUCAUCACCCCCCAAAACUUCACCCACGAAGUAGCACGUAAACGUGCGCGCGACAAGUCAGCACGUGAGCCUGAAUUCGGCACCGCAGAGGGAAAAGAAGGUGUACUCAUGGGGAUUGGCAAUAGUGCCAGCGCAAGCACCGAUGCGAAAAAUGGGGAAAUCGUCCUAGUCCUUGAACUGCGACGAAAAUCGGGGAGAGGAACUCGUGAAACAUUCAUCUACACACCUCCUUCACAUCAUACCACAUCCCCUACGACUAAAGAUAUAGGAAGCAUCCAACUUCUCGAUGAGCAUCCAGCAUUCGCGGUCCCGGAUAUUUCGGAUGGUUCGAUGGGCAAGGAAGAAGAGGAGGGAAUAGAAGGCGAUGUAACAUUUUCGCUUGGAUUAACGGAGAAGCAGAAGAGGGAUAGAGAGAAUGUCGUACUCCCGUAUUUCGACGCGCAGAAAGAGGGAGGAAUUGGGAGUGGAGGAAAAAUUCUCUAUGAGAUGGGCGCGGAGGAUAGAGAAGAUUUUGAUGACGAGGAAGAUGAGAUUUAGGGGGAAACGGGCGGUGCAGUCUUGGUAUCGCGCUUAUUUGGCGGGAGAUGCUGGCGAUGAUGUCAUGUCUGUAAUGUACUUUUUUUUCUUUUUUAAGAUUGAGAUUUCUUUUUUGAUGGAAUGGUAGAUUAGAUUGGCAUGAAGCUUUUACUCGAUCGUUCUUGGUGAUCUGUGUAGGUAGGUAGCUACUAUCUGGAGGAGAAGUGAUAUCUCGAAGAUUGGUUGAUUGGUUGAUUGAUGAAUGGAACUUUGAUACAAUCAAUCAAGCAAGCAAGAAAGACAGAAAGACAAAAUAUCAUCAAAAAUAUCUCGGAUUCAGAUUAAGAUUCAGAUUUGGGAAUAAUCAUUUGUUCAUUUGUUCAUUUAUUUGGAAUUACACACA